CCAGACUGAUCAGGAACAAGAACAUGUUUUGGUGUGCAGGAGAAUGAAGAGAAAAGAGGACAACAAUGGACCCAGAUAGACGAGAGUCUACAGAACAAACAUGAGGUGACAGUCAUUCCACUAACAUGAGUAAGUAUGAAACAGUGAAGGAAAUUGGCAAAGGUGGAUUUGGAAGAGCGAUCCUUGUCAAAUCCAAAGAGGAUGGACACCAAUAUGUCAUCAAGGAGAUUAAGAUAUCUAGAAUGUCGACUGAGGAGAGGCAGAAAGCCCAAAAAGAAGUUGAAGUUCUUUCCAACCUGAGUCAUCCCUUCAUUGUCCAGUAUAAGGAAUCUUUUGAAGAGUGGGGCUGUCUGUAUAUUGUGAUGGACUACUGCGAGGGUGGAGACCUCUUUCAAAAGAUCAGAGCUCAGAAAAGAGAACAAGGACAACUUUUCUCAGAAGAGCAAAUCUUGGACUGGUUUGUGCAGAUUUGUCUGGCACUAAAACACAUCCAUGAUAGAAAAAUCCUCCACAGAGACAUAAAACCAGAGAACAUAUUCUUGACUAAAGAUGGGACUAUACAGCUUGGGGACUUUGGAGUUGCAAGAGUGUUGAACAGCACUGGAGAACUGGCAACAACACUGAUAGGAACACCACUUUACAUAUCACCAGAGAUCUGUGAGAACAAAGCAUACAACAACAAAAGUGAUAUUUGGGCCCUAGGUUGUGUCCUGUAUGAAAUGUGCUCCCUUCAGCCUGCAUUUGAUGGUGGCGGUAUAAAGAAUGUAUGUCAGAAGAUCAUCCAUUGUUCAUAUCCUCCUGUGCCUGGUCACUACUCCCAAGAUCUUCGCUCUCUCUUGGCUCAGCUGUUAAAAUGCGACCCUGAAGAGAGACCCUCAGUCAGCAGCAUACUGGACAAACCUUUCCUCUCCUCCAGGAUACAGAAGUUCCUCACACCACAAGGCAUGGUAUUAACCGGCUGCGCGCUGCGCUCAGAUGACUUCUGCUACUGUGGAGACGAGGAGACGGAGGCGCGGAUGGAGUUUUUCUACCUGCAUGUGGAGUGGAAUAUUUUUGGUUUUACUAACAGCAUCGACAUUGUCACUAAUACUCUCCUAUAUCUUUCUGCUCGUCCAAACUCCAAAAUAUCCAUAAAGACACAACACACACUAUUUGGGAUCUAA